AUGUCUCCCCGUAACAGUGUCAAUGGCAAGCCUCGAAGCGAUGGGGAAGAGAUGGACCAUGUCCAUACAGCCCAGAGCAUCCCCAUCUCACCAGAAUUGUUCGAGCAGCUGUAUCUUCAGCCACAGAAUAGGGUCAAGGGAGAUCUUCGAAAGACUUUUGGCAACCCUACUCCAGUUGCUUUGGCGGGAUUCUUGCUGUGCUCCACACCACUGUCCAUCGGCUUGCUUGGAUGGCAGGGAUCUGGCGGCUUUGCUGCCGCUGCGAACGUCGGUGCCUACCUCGGCCUGGGUGGCCUCCUUCUAAUCUUGGGAGGCAUUGGUGAAUGGAUUCUAGGAAACACCUUUCCGUCGACCGUUUUCUUCACCUUCGGAGGCUUCUUCAUCACCCUCGUUACUACUAUCGACCCUGACUCCGGUGCCUACAGCACAUAUUCGACUGAUGGUACCGCUGCAAAUGGCCUCACUCAACCCCAAUUCUUCUCAACCUUCUCAUUCUUUCUGGUUGGCAUGGCUAUCCUAUGCACAUUCUACACUAUAGCGGCUGUUCGAACAAAUGUCGCUCUGUUUUCCAUCCUCCUCCUUCUCGUUCCUUGCUUCUCCUGCCUUGCCGCUGCCUUCUUCUCCGUUUCUCAAGGGAAGGCGGAUCUCGCGCUCAAGUGCCAGCACGCCGGAGCGGGCCUGUUGUUCGCUAUAUCAUUGAUCGGAUGGUAUUUGUUCGGGUCUCUUAUCCUCAUGUCGGUUGACUUCCCCAUCAUGCUACCUCUUGGCGAUCUCUCUACCAUCAUCCGCGGCAAAAGUGAUGCCCCAAAGGAUGCAAGCAAGACAGUUUAA